AACCAAUCAAAUUUAAUAAGAAAACUUUGAUUGCCAACCAAGGGUCUUGUGAAAACUAUGGAGGCAUAAAAUGGAAGCAAUCGAAAUUAUCCUCCUAAUUUCUUGUAUUUAUCAAUGUGGAGGAGUCAGUUUGCAAACACAGUUGGAACACAUUGCCAAUGCACGCGCUGUAAGUAAUGGAGGAAUCAACGCAUUAGCAUAUCGUAGGUCUGGCUUCUACCAGUUUGACCCCAGAGAAGUUUCAAAUAUAGUUGGUGUACCGUCAAUACCCAACCACCUCCCCGAAGCGGAAUCGAUACUUCCCGGGCACACCCUCAUUCGUCCUUCGCUUGGCAUGCUAAAGUCAGCUGUAAAGUUUCCGCAUAGAGAAUUGGAAGACGGGUCUGGAGUCUAUGGAAAUAUUGAAAAUUUGGGAAUAAGAUACGACGCCAAAAAUGAACGCGUACUUUAUUCAGGAUUUCGAAGAUCACCUUCUGAUUAUGUUAUGAUUUUACCGAAUAAACAAAAGGAGCGGCAGACUGAGUAUGAACAAUUAAAAAUUUUAUACUUU